AAAAAUUAAAAAUGGUUCGUGCAUGGAUAAUGGAUGAUCUGGAGACAGAUCAACGUCUGGAGCAUUUCACAAAUCCUCCAGAAUUUGUGUCAUUACCUGAUCUCUUUAAGAAAACAGGUGUCGAAUACUUCAAGAUUAACCAUCAAAACUUUGAUUCUGAUGUGACUUUAACCAACCUAAAGGAAGCCCGAGGAUACUCUUAUGAGGAUGAAAUCACAUGCUCUAAAGAAUGCCUGCAAAACUACGAGGAAAAGCUGAAACAUUUCUUUACGGAGCAUCUCCAUACCGAUGAAGAGAUCCGCCUGGUUCUUGAUGGUUCUGGGUAUUUUGACGUAAGAAAUCAUGACGAGAAAUGGAUUCGUAUUGAGGUUGUACCUGGAGAUUUGAUCAUCAUACCAAGUGGCAUUUACCAUAGAUUCACAUUGGACACAAAGAACUUCAUAAAAGCAAAGCGGUUCUUUAUUGGAGUUCCAGUUUGGGAGCCUCAUAACAGACCCGCCGAUAAUAUGGAUUGCAGGAAAGAGUAUCUAAAGCGUCUGGAGCACGGUUUUGAGGUUCCAGCUAAUUAGAAGUAAAACAUGAGAUACAUGAUCAUAAUUGAUAUUAUAAUCAUCAACAGUGUUUUAUCGAUUUUAAAUGUUUACGAAUUAUUUACUUGUUAUCAUUAAAUGUUAUCCGAAUAUUAUAUUUUUAUACAAGUUUUACGUUGAUAUAUAAUCAAUAAUAAAGACGAGAUUCCUGAAAAGAGAA